CAUCGAUAUUAUUUUUACAUUCCUACUGUACAUUUUAAAUCGUUUGGUGUGUUUUCGUGUCCUUUCCAAUUUUUGCCCAAAAUGUUGAGCCGGAAAAGACGCGCUAGUUCGAUUUCCAGUAAGCAAGAUGAAGAUCCUUUGCAAAUGGAUGAUUCUACGCCGGAGCAGUCACCAGUUUUGCAAACCUCAGUGCGCAAAAAACGCCGGCUGGACCCUUCAGAACUGUGCCAGCAGUUGUACGAUUCAAUACGAAGUCUCAAAAAAGAAGAUGGCGCUACUUUAUGCGACUCUUUCAUACGUGCUCCAAAACGACGCCAAGAGCCUUCGUACUAUGAUGUUGUGGCAAAUCCUAUAGAUUUAUUGAAAAUUCAGCAAAAAUUAAAAACUGAUUCAUAUGACGAUGUAGACGAAUUGAUGCAAGAUUUUGAACUGUUGGUAAAAAAUGCUAAAGCUUUCUAUAAGCCAGAUACAGAUGAAUAUCAUGACGCUGAAGCACUUUGGCAGCAUGUACUUGUUAAUAAACAUAGAUUAUUGGAGUCGAAUGGUAUUGUUGAAGAAGAGCCAAAGUCAAAACGUCUUUCACGAAAUCCAAGGCGUUUGACUGGAUCCGCUGGUAAUAAUGGCGGAGCCGAAGCAGAAAAUGAACCUUCACGACUCGAUGACGACCUAAAUCCUUACGAAGAACUUUUUGCCACUGUAAUGACUGCGGUGGACUCCACUAUGAAUGAUCGACCCCUUCAUCGCAUGUUUCUUCUACUACCUUCUAAGAAAAUGUAUCCUGACUAUUAUGACGUUAUUGAGCAUCCCAUAGAUUUAAGACUAAUCGCGACAAAAAUUCAGAUGAAUGCUUAUUCUAGUCUAGUGGAAAUGGAAAGGGACUUGUUACAAAUGAUGAAGAAUGCUUGCCAGUUUAAUGAACCUGGAUCCCAAAUUUACAAAGAUGCUAAAACACUUAAACGCCUUUUCACGCAACGACGCGUUGAGAUUGAGAGUGGAAAAAUUAAGCCCACGCGACGUAUAAAAACGCUUUCAAGUGCAGCAAUUUCUGCGAUGAAGGCGAUGAAAGAAGACGUUGAUAGUUCAGAUGAUGAAGAAACCAGCAAAAAGGGGGAAGGCCCUAUGUGGGCGUUGUUUGAUCAUUUGUAUAAUGCGCCUGGAUCGACCGAGCAUCCUGGUGCAACGGGUCCUCCAUUAGGCAAUUCAUUGUGGAAGCUGCCGGUUCGCCGUUUUCAUCAAGAAUACUACGAACUUAUUAAACGUCCUAUCUCCAUGUCUCAGAUACAUACAAAACUCAAAAAAGGGGAAUACGCAAAUAUAAGCGAUCUUACAGCUGACCUUUGUCUUAUGUUAGAUAAUGCUAAAAAAGCAUUUCCGCCAACACAUCGCAUGCAUAAAGAUGCUGUAAAAAUGUUAAAAAUUAUGAAUACAAAGUUAGUAGAAGAUACUUUGGAACCGGAGACGAGCGACAUGGAAGACGAUGGUGAUAUCGAAGCUGAUUGCGAGGAUACUUCGGCUAGCAAUAGUGUACCGAGGAAAAAGGGCCGCCCACGUAUAAAUUCUAACAACACAAACACCCCAAAUACACCGAAUAGUAAUUCACCCAAGUCAAGUCGGAUUCCAAUAAACGCUGCUAUAAAAAGGAAAAUUUUAAGUAUACAAAAAUAUUUGGUUGACUUCACAAUCAGCAAUCGAAGGCCCAUUGAGUUGUUUAUGGAGAAGCCUCCACGAAAAAUUUAUCCAGAUUACUAUGAUAUUAUACAAAAUCCGAUGGAUAUGAAUACCAUUGACCACAACAUACGUUGCGAUAAAUAUGCGACCGUAGAAGAUGUAGUGGCAGAUUAUCGUCUUAUGUUUUCUAAUUGUAGACAAUAUAAUGAAGAAGGAUCAACCAUUUACGAGGACGCCAAUAAUUUAGAGAGAGCUUUGAAUGAAAAAUUGAAAGAAUUCCCCGGUUUGGCGGACAUUAAGAAACCAUUGCAAAAGUUAUCCAAACCUAGUGGUCGAAGAAAGACCGCUGUGGUUGAAAAAUUGUGGCAAUUUUAUGAGACAAUAAGAGAGUUCCAAGAACCAAAAGGUAAACGGCAAUUGUCAUUGAUAUUCACCAAGCUUCCAUCGAAAAACGAGUAUCCAGAUUAUUACGACAUUAUAAAGGAACCAAUUGAUAUGGAGCGUAUUGCGCAAAAAUUAAAACAAGGCAGCUAUGAGAGCGUCGAUGAGUUAGGGGCUGAUUUUUUACUGAUGCUUGAGAACGCUUGCAAAUACAAUGAGCCAGAUUCGCAAAUUUACAAAGACGCUCUGGUACUGCAGCAAUUGACACUCCAAUUGAAACAAAGCCUACGCAGUGAGCAUUCAUCGAUACCAGAUGUGUCGCUGGCGGUGCAGGAACUGUUCCUCAGCUUAUUUACGCAACUCUACAAUCACCAGGACGAAGCCGGAAGAUUCUAUUCUGACUCUUUGGCCGAGGUACCGGAAUAUGACGAAGUUGCUGAUGCAAGCGGUAAAUUUACUAAAGUUCGUGGAAUCUCAUUAGAUUUAAUCAAACGUCGUUUGGAUAAGCUUGCCUACAAACGCUUAGAUAUUUUUCAAGACGAUGUAUUCUCGUGUCUCGAACGUGCACGACGUUUAUCGCGUACUGAUUCUGACGUGUUUCAGGAUUCAAUUGAACUACAGAUUAUUUUUAUUAAAAAUAGGGAUGAACUAUGUAAAGAUUCAUUUAGCUCGCCAGCACUAAUGUACACAGUCGAAUUACUUGCUGAGGUAGAAAUGAUGCGCCAACAGAAACUUGCACAAGAAGACCAGGAUCAGGAGGAUAAGGACGAAUUGGAUACUGCAGCAAUGCAAGGCGAAAGUAUGACUAUCAACCAAAAUGUGUUUUCUCCUGGAGACUUUGUAUAUUUUCAAUUACCGGAAAAUAAAAUACCUGGUAUUGCUUAUAUUGAGCGCCUUUGGACCACAACAGAUAACGUGAAGUGGAUGUAUGGUGCAGUUUUUCUACGUCCACAUGAAACUUACCAUGUGACAACUCGAAAAUUUCUUGAAAUGGAGGUAUUCAAGAGCAGUGCUUCCCAGACGAUUCCUAUGGACAAAGUGCUCGGCAAAUGCUAUAUCAUGCACAUAAAAGACUACAUAAAAAUGCGACCAGAAGGUUUCGCUGAUAAAGAUGUAUUCGUGUGUGAAUCGAGAUACAAUAUCCGAGGGCGCUGCUUCAAAAAAUUUAAAGUUUGGCCUUUCGUUCGCGAAAACGAUCCAGUUCGUUUUAUUACGCGCGAUGAGCCAUUAGAAUUGCGUCGUGUAAUGUCCGUUUUUAAAGAACGCAUAGAAAAGCACAAAGGCGAGUUGGAGGAACUAAAACUUCAGGAGACACUGGUGGAGAAAGAAAAACCCAAUGUCGUAUGUGAUGCACCGCCUAUCAAUCCUGAACCGAAUAGUGUUUACUAUCAGCAAUUUAAUACGAUUUGCAGUGGUGCUGUUAAGAUCGGCGACUUUGUAUAUGUAGCUACACAAAGUGGAAAACAAUCAAUAGCGCAAAUCCAUCAAAUAUGGGAACACUCAAAUAAGUCUUAUUUCAAAGGACCUUGGCUUUUGGCGCCAAAUGAGAUAGUUUCGCCAUUAAAUAAGCAGUUCUAUCGCCAGGAAAUCUUAUUGUCGACAGUUGAGGAUAUUAGCCCCUUAAUAGCUAUUGUUGGACGUUGUGCAGUGCUUGAGUAUGCAGAAUACAUAAACUGUCGUCCGACAGAGAUUUCAGAGAGUGAUGUUUAUAUUUGUGAGUCCGUUUAUGAGUUGAAAAAAUCCUUACGUAAACUCAACACGCCUGGAGGUCUACGUAAAUUUCAACACAGUGUUGAAGUAACUCAAGACGAGAUAUUUCAUUUCAAAACUCCUAUCAAGCCUUGCAAGGAACUUAAAGGCUCAGAUGUCAAUGAAAAUUUGGGUAUGCUUGAAGAUUCACUGGAUGGCAAUCCGCCAUCAGUUAAUUCGGACAUAGCCGCAAUAUCAUCGCCAGCACCUUCGGUAUCAUCUACACCGAUAUCCUCCAAGGCAAAGAAUAAAAACACUAAAAAGAGUCUUACUGGUUACAUACUUUAUUCGAGUGAAGUACGCAAAGGAAUUAGCCAGAGCAAUCCUGAUGCUUCGUUUGGCGAUAUUUCACGUAUGGUGGGCACUGAAUGGAAGAACUUGCCGGCUAGUGUCAAGCAAAAUUGGGAAGAUCGCGCUUCACGAUUAAAUGAGGAAUCAGCCGCCCGUCGCGAAAUCGAUGAGAGUUUGAAUUGUGGCGUAAGCGGUAGUCCGGGUCCCAAUGAUCACCAGAAUGGGCACGUAUUUGAAUGUCUAUGGGACAAAUGCGAUUAUCAAUUCGAGGACGCUGUUGAUUGUAUGGAACAUUGUAUCCAAGAUGGCACAGGGCAUAUUCAACGGACUGUCAUGCAAGGCAACGAUACUGAACUCACAUGUCUAUGGCGGGGCUGUAUUCGCAUGAAGAAGAAUAUGCAAGCUUUUCCAUCAUUGUUGCGAUUGAUCAAGCAUGUCAGGGAGGUGCACCUAAGCAAGGGCGGUAAAAUUAUUCCUGCAAGUGAACGCAGUAAGAAUUAUGUGCCUCGAAAGAAUCAGAAGACACACGGUGCGCAGAUGAAUUCACACGGUCAACUGUCAAAUAUGUCUCCCAGGGGUGAAAAUGGUGCUGGCUCUCAGUACGCAAUGCAAGUUUUGGGACCACCACCAGAGCCAAUGUUUGUUACGGUGCCACCAAGACCACAGCGCGUACUCCAUUCCGAGGCAUAUAUUAAGUAUAUUGAGGGAUUGCAAAAUCAUUCAACUUCUUCACAGAAGCCUGCUUGGAAGAAUUCAUUGAAAAAAGCAACUCCGGCAAAUGCUACUGCUAAAACGGGUUUACCUACCCAUUGGCUAGGGAAAUAUGCGGAGGGCAACGCUGACGAUAUGGUAUCAGCACUAUGUCAUUUGCGCAAUUUUAUGAUGGAUGAUGCACUUAAAAUUCAUCGUAGCUGCUACUAAUUACAAUUGAAAACAUAAGAGCCUGUCAGACGUGGCUAUAUUUCCAACUUUUCCACGCAAUUCGCUGUCAAAUU